ACAAAUGAUAACAGAUAAAAAGACGUAUAGAUAAUGGGUACUAAGACGUUCAAAACAUAAGUUCUGACAGAAGUUAUUUCAUGACAGACAAAGAUGGCAAAACUAGGAUUUUUGUUCAUGUUUUUAUCAUCAUUUUUAACAGUCUCUGACCUGGAUGCCUCGCCACUGAGUAAUGAAAAUACACUUCCAGACGGUCAUCCUGGUCGAUGUACUGGCAUCUUGGGCGGCAAUAAAGAACUUAUCGUUUAGAAGCUCUGCCUGGAAGUGGCUGGGACAAUCUUCGGAACAAGCAUAUGGACACGGUUAUUCAACAUACUUAUAACAAAUGUAGAACGACUGCAGACGGUCGUUUUCUUCUCCCUGACAGCAUAACGACUAUUCCAGUCAAAUCAAGCGGAGUGGACACAAUUGCCGAAUAUUUUGACCACUGGGAUAGUUACAAGAGUGUAUCGGCACGUUCUGUAAAUGCUGAGGUUGGCGUACUCGGAUUACCUAUAGGCGGAAAAUUCUCUACCGAAUACGAAAGUAUAAAAACGAAGCAACAAUUCGAAAGAAGCGUGACCACUCGGAUGCAGUUACGCUACCUUAAAUACAUUGCUAGGGUAGAAAAUGGAUACAAACUACACCCAUCCUUCAAAAGUCGUCUUCAAAAAAUAGCUGCACAUUUAAUGUUGAAUCGAACACGUCUCGCUACCUACGAGAGCCAGUUACUUGUGCGAGACUAUGGAACCCAUGUCAUAAACAACGUCGAAUUAGGAGCAACGCUUGUUAAGACAGAUCAGAUGAAAUUGGAUUAUGCCAAAAGCACUGAUGCUGAGAAUCGACGAAUGGCUCUAUCUGCAUCGGCUGUUGUAUUUUUUGAAGAGGUUGGAAUCUCAGCCGGAGCAGCUUACUCUGACUCGUCAUCGGGCGAAUCAGUGAACGAAUACAAAAAAUCCAGGCUAUCAUCUCAAAUUUCGGCUCUUGGGGGACAAAGCUUUAAGCCAAAUCAGUUUUCCGCUGAAAGCUGGAGCGAGUCGAUAGAAAACAAUCUAGUGGUUCUGGAUAGAUCAGGGGACCCUAUAUACCUAUACGUCAAUGAAGAAAACCUCCCUUAUUUACCAGAGUAUAUCAUCGAAAGGGUUCAUAAUGUUGUUAAACAUGCAGUAUAUUAUUAUUACAAACACAAUCUUUAUAAAGGUUGUACAGAACCAAGCGCGCCUAAUUUUAGUUUUCAGGCUAAUGUCAAUGAUGGGAAAUGUAAGCAACCAAAAACCAGGUUUACUUUUGGAGGAGUUUAUCAGACAUGCUCUGGCACUGGAUACACUGAUCUGUGUGACGGUAUGAAACAGAAAAAUCCAUUAACCGGCGAUUUCCGUUGCCCCGAUGAAUACGAAGCAAUCCUUGUCAAAAGUGGGACGAAAAACUCCCAAAUGAGUCGUACAGAGACAUACAAAUGUGGACACUGGUGGCACCAUAAAACGUGUUCCAAGGUUGUAAUCGACAGUGCGAGUGCCAGUUUCGAAGCGUAUUGGUGUGCUGCUAAAGACAAUGUGAGCGAUUCCAGUGGGUAUAUGUUCGGUGGCCUAUAUACACAACAUACCGAUAAUAUAGUAACACAGACAAAAGAAUGCCCUCCAUAUUACAUUCCACUGAAUAUACUUGAUGACCUCACUAUUUGUGUAAGUGAUGACUACGAAGAAGGUUCACAAUAUUUACUACCUUUUGCGGGGAUAUAUAGCUGUGUUGCAGGAAAUCCUUUGGCAGCGGACGUCAGAAAAAGAGCAUCUGGAAAUUACCCACAUAGUUGUCCAUUUGGGUAUAGCCAACAUUUAGCGGUUGUUGACGACGGAUGUGAAAUAGAAUAUUGCAUCAGAUCAGGUGCGAUUACCACACAGCAAUUACCUAGAAUAAGGCUACCACCGUUCAUGACAAGACCUUUAGAUAUGCCGAAGAAGGACACCGAAGAUACACCUGUAACUGUUUUCAGUAGCGAUGGCUCUGUUUGGACCACUUUAGAAGAGGAAAUGGAAAAAUCCGCAUUCCAAAAUAGCACGGACACUUUUAAAUUCGCAAAUGAGAAAUCUCUAAAUACAUCUAAUGUAAAUUCGUUCGAAGUGCGAAAAUCAGCUUCCGCAAAUGAGAAACCUCUUAGUUCCGCAAACGGAAAGCCUUUAGCCGCCAUCAAUGCAACGCUUGUAUCAAGUGCAGAUGCUAGCAGUUUGCAAGAACAAGCUGAUGAAAAUUCAGUACAAGUCUCCAGCGCCACAAUUGCCGUUGUUUCUUCCACUGGAACGCUUCUUUGCGUAUUGAUUGUAAUUGGUAUCGUCACCGUUUAUAGCCGGCGGAGAAAAGCUGCACAUCCAUAUCAAAAGAUAUAACGGUUUUAUAGUACAGACAAGACAUUUUCAAUAGAAAAUAUUUGUAAAUAGAAAAUAUCAUUUAAGCUUCAACAUAAUGAUUUUUUUUGUGAUUCAGUUUUAUUUAAUGCAUUUUCCAUUUUCUGAAUAUGGAAUAUAAUUAAGAUAUGUAUGGACAAACCAUGUUAUACAUGUAAUAAUAUUAGGAUGAGCCGUGUGUGAGAUCCAAAUGGAAAUCGAAUGCUCUAAGUUUUAAAAGUCAAGUUGCGAAGUUAUGAAGUUAUGAAGAAUUAACCAGUUACUACUACAAUGACUGUCAGAAUAAAGUGUAGAUAAAAGACUUGUACUUUAACUUAUUACCCGACAUAACUCUAAUGAAAGCAGAACAGAAUAGUACAACAAAUAUGUAUUAAUUGAUAACAAUUAAACAUUGGAUCGCAAUGCUAAAAAGGAACAAGAACAAAAAGGUCAAAAGGAGUGAACAUAAGAUGUUCG